GUGUGUGUGUGUGUGUAAACUGGGUGAAUGAUUUUUUUUUUAUAGAAGGAACGGACCGACAACAGAUCUGUGCUCUGAUCUACACUGAACUAAUAUUAAAGCAUUGGUUUCCAUACAAUGAUUCCAGGCUUCUCCAGGUUGUCCUCACCUUCCCUGUCAGUGCUGAUUGUGGCGGUGCUGCUCUCCUUGGGGCGGUGCCAGGAUGUCUGCCGGGCCCAAGAUGGAGAGAAGGGAGCAGCGGGAACACCCGGCCGGGAUGGACGACCAGGAGCGAAGGGAGAGAAAGGAGAACCAGCACUGCAGCUGGUAGCAGGGUUGCCCCACAUCCAGAAAGGGGCAAAGGGUAGCCGGGGGUUUCCAGGCGACAUGGGCCCUAAAGGCCUAGCAGGGGAUCUGGGACCAGAAGGGCCCCCAGGCCCUCGCGGACGUGCCGGACCGUCCGGGAAGGGCAGGAUCCCGUCCCUGCAACACCGAGCAGCCUUCUCCGUGAGCCGGAAUGACACCUCCUACCCCUCCUGGAACCGACCUCUGACCUACAACAAAGCCAUCACCAGCAGCAGUCUGAUUUAUCUGGCCUCUGGAAUCUUCACCUGCAGCACACCUGGAGUUUAUUACUUUGUCUUCCAUUCAGAGACUAAGGUGAGCAUGUGCCUGUAUCUGAGGAGUGACACUCUGGGAGACAGGAAGCUGGGUUUCUGUGACUACAACAUUAGGAGCAAUAUCCAGGUUCUGUCAGGAGGGGUGGUGUUGGACCUAUCAAAAGGCCAUAAGGUCUGGCUGGAGCCGUUUAAAGACAAGCAGCAGGACAGCGUUAGGAAUGACAAGAAGGAGAAAAAUAUUGUGUUUAAUGGCUUCCUGCUCUUCCCCAAAUAACAGCCAUGCAAGUCCCAGGAACCGAGUAUAUUACUGCAACCGACACUCUGUACCAAUUAUGACAUUUCCCCAACUUCUAUUUCUAGAAAUGCCCAGAAGUGAAACUUACAUCCCUCACACAAAGACACAGUCUAUACAUUUUCCCACGUUCAAAUGUAAUAUUUUUGUUUUAAAAGCAAUGUAGAAUGAUAAUACCGUUUUUCAAAUGAAUAAUAAAAAAUAAAAAAUAUGUCUUGA